UCACCAAGACAAACAUACCCAGGACUCCAACUUUACAUGAACCGCAAGCUGUCUUACGAGCCGGCUCAACAUUUUCUUAUUACCAAAAAAGCCCCGUUCAGAAACUCGACAUCUUCGCAUUAAGGACAACGAACUAUGGCCAUAAUCGUCAUUUAAUUUAGCCCAAUUCCAUGCCGAUCAAAACACGGGCGCUGUCGACCUCCAUGGCCAUGAACGAACUUUCCACUCUUCCGAUUUCGAGCUUCGAAUCAACUACGUAAACCAAAUUCGUAUCCGUAAUUUAAAGAAAUUAAUUAUCUUGCUGAAAAUUACAGCCUCUGCCAUCAUCUCUUCUCGCGAUUCAUGGAAGCUCGGAUUAAUUGAAGUAAGGAAAGUGAAGUUGAAGGCGAUUAGACGUAUCUGUGUCAUGGUCAAUGAAGGCAAUUAUAUGCAUCUUUGCUAUGGUCAAAAAAUGGAGAAACAGAAGAACAAGGUUGAUAAGGAAAUAAUUAAAAUGGGAAUGCUGCUUCAACUGACUGCUAUGAGCAAGAAGUCUCUGCCAUCUGAAAUCACAAUAUGUUGUCUGUUGUCCUUAAGAGUUUAAAUCAGCCUUUAUGUGCUGUUGUUCUGCAAUUUUGUCAUGCACCGCUGUAUUUAUUGGCUUUGUAAAAUUGUUGAUUUGCAAAAUCUGAUGCAAUGGCAACAUCUAGCAAGUUUGAUCUGUCUUCUGGUAGCCCAGAUAGGCCACUAUACACCAGCGGGCAGCGUGGAGCCCACUUAGCUGCCCAAUUAGACAGAUCAGGGAGCUUUCGUGAGACCAUGGAGAACCAAAUUCUAUCUUCUUUGCCAAGUAUGUCGAGGAGCAGUUCUAUAGUAGCCCAAGGAGAUGUAUCCAACUUCUUUCAAUGCUUGCGAUUUAAUCCCAAGGUGGUUGCUGCUGAUCAUAAAUCAAAUCGUCAAGGAGACUUUAAACAGCACAUUAAUGUUGCUCUUGGCAUUUCUGCUGAUGAAUCUCCUACUGUGUUGUCAAAAGGCAAGCUGCUGCCUUCUCCUGUACCAGAGGAAAUCAAACGAGUUAAGGCUGGCCUACGUGAUUGCUCUGUCAAAGCCAGGGAGCGUAAGAAAAUUUUCAAUGAGGCCUUGUCAGUAUUCAACAAGUUUUUCCCAAGCAUACCAUCUAAGAAGAGAUCUCGAUCAGAAAGCUUUUCUAGUGACCGAUCUAAUGCCUUGUUAUCUAGUGAUCUUUCAGUCUUGUGGCCAACAAUUGGUAAGAUGGGAAUGCAUAAUCAUUCCAUUGCUGGAGGUUUUGAAUUUGAACAGCAGAAGUCAGAAGAAAGGCCUAAAAGUGCUGUUCCAAAUAAACGUACUCGAACUUCUCUGGUGGAUGUGAGGAUGGAUAUGCGGAAUAAUGCUCUAGUCAGGCUGCCUGGUAAUGCAGAUAGGGAUAGGGAAAUGCUCAAGGUUUCAAAUAGUACUGUUGCAGUUCAGGCUGAAGAGCGAACUUUAUCGGGUGGUGUUGAUGGAUGGGAAAAGGCAAAGAUGAAGAAAAAGCGUUCUGGGAUAAAACCUGAUGUUUCUCCAAGUAUGGUAUCAACUAAACCCAUUGAAGGGUACCGGGAAUCUAAACAGGGAAUACAGCAAAGGCCUGUUACUGAUGCUCGAUCAAGGUUAAAUAAUGACUCCCAUGGGUUCAGGUCAGGAAUUGCUAAUGGAUCUGUUGGAGUUGGAAAAUCAGAAGGUAUCUCACAGCUGACAGGCUUGGGUCCACGGUCAUCUGUCCCAAGGACUGAUCCGGACAACAGUUCCCUUCUCAAUGAUAGGAGAGAUGGUCCUGUUGGUUCUGAUAAAGAGAGAGUGACUCUUAGAGUUGCUAACAAGAUGAGUGUUCGUGAUGAAUUUAAUUCAGCUAGUCCUACUUCAAGCACAAAAAUGAAUGCAUCUAUUCGCGGUCCACGAUCAGGUUCUGUAGUUGCUUCAAAGUUGUCACCAGUUGUUCACAGAGCAACUGCAUCAAAUGACUGGGAGCUUACUCACUGUAUGAAUAAACCACCUACUGCGGGUGGAGCUAAUAAUCGCAAGCGCACAACAUCAGCUCAGCCUUCAUCACCACCUGUUGCCCACUGGGCCAGCCAGAGACCACAGAAGAGCUCCCGUACUGCAAGGCGAACAAACCUUGUUCCUAUUGUUUCAAGUAAUGAUGAAAUUCCAUCACUGGAUACUGUGUCUGAUAUGGCAGGUAAUGAGAUUGUGUCAGGAUUUGCUAGACGCUUUUUGAGCAGCUCUCCCCAACAAGUUAAACUAAAAGGUGAUGCCUUAUCUUUGGCUGCUCUUUCUGAGAGUGAGGAGUGUGGGGCUGCGGAAAUUAAAUCUAAAGAGAAGGUCAAAAAAUCUGAUAAAAUAGAUGAGAAAGCUGGACAGAAUGUUCAAAAAGUAACCACUUUGGUUCUCCCAUCAAGAAAGAAUAAGCUGAUGAAUGGGGAAGACAUUGGAGAUGGUGUACGUCGACAAGGGAGGACUGGGCGGGGUAUUUCUUCUACGAGGUCUCUUAUGCCAAUGGCAGUUGAGAAGUUUGGCAAUGUGGGAACAGCAAAACAGCUCAGAAGUGCAAGGCUUGGUUUGGAUAAGGCCGAGAGCAAGGCUGGUCGUCCUCCAACUAGGAAGCUUGCUGACCGCAAGGGAUAUGCACGUCAGAAGCAUACAGCAAUCAAUGCAGCUGCAGAUCUUCUUGUCGGUUCAGAGGAUGGACAGGAAGAGUUGGUGGCUGCUGUAAACGCUCUUAUGAGUUCUGCCCAUGAUUUCCCCAACUCCUUUUGGAGGCAAAUGGAGCCUUUUCUUGGUUUCAUAUCUGAUGCAGAUAUUGCCUAUGUGAAGCGGCAGGGAAAUUAUGAACUCACCAAAUUGGGAUCAACAGCAGUUCCUUCUAUUAUAGAUGGUUGUCGUACCAUCCCCAACGGAUGUGGGUUGCUUGGACAGGAAAGAGAUGGUGGAAUUGCUGCUGUAACAUCAACUAUUGAACCCCUUUCACAACAGUUUCUCUUGAAUGCAAGGGACAGUAAUGUGAUUCCCCUCUGUCAGAGAUUUUUAGCAGCUUUAAUUCCAGAAGAAGAUAGUGAGAGUGGAAAUGAAGACCUCCCAUUUGAUGUAUAUGGAACUGGAUUUGAGAUUGAUGGAGAAUUGGGAUCCAAUGGUUUGAGUCAUAUUGUAAACUUCCAAUCUACUGGGCAUGCUUCUUUCAAUGGUUAUGGUAUAACUGGGAAGCCAGAACAUGAUGAUCCUGAAAUUGAUAUGUUGGGAAAUACAGGAAUUAACUCAAAUUUUAGUCAUUCCCCGAAUGGCACUUUUCCAGACCAACUGAUGCCUAGCAUGGUUUGUUCAGAAUUCCCGUAUGAGAGUAUGAAGAUAAAUGAGAAACUCUUUUUGGAGGCUCAAAGUAUUGGAAUUUUCUUAGAACCACUGCCUGACAUAGCACAGAUGGAGGAUGAUGAAAUCCGUGUGGAUAUUAGUAAGCUAGAGGAGAAACACAAUGAACAGGUUUCAAAGAAGAAAGUUUUGCUUGAUAAACUGUUGAAAGCUGCCUCAGAAACAAGAGCAAUUCAGGAGAAGGAAUUCGAACAACAUGCCCUUGACAAACUUGUUACGAUGGCUUAUGAAAAGUACAUGACUUGUUGGGGUCCUAAUGCUGCUGGUGGGAAGAGUUCCAGUAACAAAAUGAUCAAGCAAGCUGCCUUAGCAUUUGUUAAGCGGACAUUAGAUCGAUAUCUUAAAUUUGAAGAUACAGGCAAGAGCUGCUUUGAUGAGCCCAUGCUUAAAGACAUGUUUCUUUCUGGGUCUUCCCAGCUAAAUGGUGUACUAUCAGUAGAUACUCCUACAGAUUGUGAAUCUGGAAAGCCAUGCGCUAACAGCUCCACCCAUUCUCUGGAAGCUAGAAUGUCAGGUCAAAAUAGGGAUAGCUAUGCUGUUAAUUCUUCUGAUCUUCUUCCACCCACAAAUCAGUUAUCUGAUCAAACAACUGUUAAAGAUGAAUCAUUGUCUAACAGGGUGAAAAAGAGAGAGUUAUUACUAGAGGAUGUAGUUGCUGGUACUAUUGGUAUUUCGAGUUCCCAGGCAGGCAUUGGAAGUUCUUUGUCAAGCAGUACAAAAGGAAAGAGGAGUGAGAGAGACAGAGAAGGAAAGGGACAUGGUAGAGAGGUUUUAUCUAGAAAUGGAACUAAUAAGAUUGGUCGACCAGUAUCCAAUGUUAAGGGGGAAAGGAAAUCAAAAACAAAGCCUAAGCAGAAAACAACUCAGCUAUCUGUUUCUGUAAAUGGCGUUCUUGGCAAGAUGUCAGAGCAACCCAAACCAGCUACUUCUGUAUCAAAGCCAAGUGAGAUAACUGCCAAUAAUAAUGCCAAAGAAAAAGAUGAGUUUAGCCUGGAUGUAUUGGAUGACUUGCAGCUACCAGGACAAGAUCUGGGUUCAUGGUUGAACAUUGAUGAUGAUGGAUUACAAGAACAUGACUUCAUGGGCCUUGAAAUUCCAAUGGAUGAUCUUUCUGAGUUGAAUAUGAUGGUUUGAGUUGCUUUCUUUGUAUAGUCUUGUUCAUUAUACUGUUAACAAACAAAAACAUGAUCACUGUCAUCAAGAAAUGACCGUUACAUGGAUGGUUGUUUUGGCUGUCCGGUCCACAAUUAGGUUACAUAGAUUCUUUGUAGACUCCACAAGUUGAUUUUCGGGUGAACCAUUUGAACAUCAUGAAUUUUUCUUGUAAGUUGGUGACUUCGACUGAAAAGAUCUUUUGUUCCUACCAAUUAGUAUGUCUAGCAAUUAUAUCUUAGCAAACACUGUAUCCUGGCUGUAGCUUUACAAAUCAGAGAGCAAUGCUCUUCUUGUACAUACAUUUAUAUUCCCAAUAAAAUUAGUUUUUUUUUCCCAGUGUAAUUAUACCUUGUAAACAUAAUCAUAUAGGGUUUUCUUUCCUGGUUUUCUGGUUUAUGUGCCUUUAAUUUCACUUUACCAACUGCAGUUGCAGUUGAAAGUUGUUGUAUCAGAUGUAAUUUCUCCUUAGGUUUGUUCAUGAAGAAGUUUCUCUUCCAAGGCUAAGAGGUAAGAAUGUUCAAUGAAGUGUCAAUUCAAUAAUUUCAAUCAGAAAAGAUGAUUUUGGUACUGACUGGCGACUAUUAGCUCUAUGUGUUUCCUGCUUUAUUACUUGAAGUUGCAGGUUCUCACUUCAAUAAUCUCAGGAACUAUGGUAAGAUCUUUAUCCUCUGCAUUUGUUAACAUCAUACUAAAAAGUUUAUGUUAAGCUUAUACUAUAAAGUCUUUGCAUCAUAUUCAAGCUUCUUUUUAGUGUGGUUCUAGGAUACUGACUUCUUAUUGUUUUGCUUUGCAUUCCUUCCCCUCCCCUCUCUCAGUAAUAAGUCUAAAAUGUUUGCAGGUAAAACUGCUCUCUUAAAUUUUCUGAUCAAUAUGUGUCUACCUGGGACUGAAUGCUAGAAUGCCAUCCACCAUAUUUUGAUAAACCUGCAUUACACUGAGGUAAAUCCGGAAUACCUUGUUCUAGUCUUGGCUAUAAACUUCUGUUUCGUUCUCUCAUAUUUUUUUUUUUUUUUGUUCCUUUGAAAGGCAAGGCACCGAUUUUAGGAAACUGUUGAAGGAUUGGCAGUGGAGGCUCUUAUUCUGUAAUGUUCAUCCACUGCAGUUUAAAGCUUACAUUUGAGUUCAUGUUUCUCAACUUGCUUUAUAUAAAAAGUUUGAUAUAUAGGAGGGACUGUAAGAAUCUGGUCUUGUUCAUAUUGAGAAUUAAUUUCCAUUAUAAUUUUUCCUUUAGAACGGUAGAUUUUAGGCUUGAGUAUACCUUUGCUUUUGUUCAUAUCAUCCUAGCCAAGGCCUUCAGAUUGGAACUCUGGAUCAAUAUCCUAGUUACUUCGUCCCUUUUCAAUGUUUUCAUAUUAAUGCACUUUAACAUGUUUCAUAUCCUUCGCUGCUUCACUUCAUGUCAAAAUCUAGCUGUUUUUCUGGACGAUGCUGUACAUUGUUCAUGUAUUGGCAUCCUUUGAGCGUCUCAGAAUUCGUUUGGAACUCUCGACUCUUUCUCAUAAUAAUUGCAAAGCCUUUGUUUGGUUACUCCAAUAGGGGCCAAAUCUUUAAUGAAUUUUGUUCAGUUUCUUGAAAUUAUUCCUGUAUGUUCUGGUUCGAGAGUCUGAGUUGCAAAACAAAAGAAGGAAAUUGUUGAGGUUGGCCUAUUUUUCUAUGUUCAUUAUAGCAACUAUCAGAAACCACCUCCUUGUUGCAUUCAUAUAAGCUUUAUGUUUGUAUGAAAAUUUUCCUCAUUGGUUACAUUAAUUUCAGACUCAUGCAUAUUUUUCCCUUAAAGAAGCCUACAAAAAGCAGCACCAUCUUGAAGAAAGCAUCAAGAUAUCGAUGAUGCAGGCAGGCAAGCAAACAAUUCGUCACUUUCCAUUCUCUGAUCUGAUCCAAUACAAUUCGUUUUUCCAGCAAGUUUUACAAUUAAUGCUUUAGUUCUUGAUGAUAUAUGACAGCAUUACUAUUGGAUUGCAAGCUAAGGACAUAUUUUUUUAGAAUCCUUGAAUGCCUAGGUCAUCAUAGCAGCGGCUCUAUUAGUAGAUUAGUUUCAUCGUCCUCGCUUUGUUCCUUGAUGAUUGAAGUUAGCUGCAAAGGCUGGUGAUUCAAUUCCCCAAACCCCUCUUUCCCAUACCCACCACCCCUGUUCACGGUUUCAAUUGAUAAUUCUGCUGGUGAGGCAGAAUUCGAGUUCUAAAUUUUACAUGAAAAAAGGGAAAUAAAAAUAAUUCAAAAUUGAGUUCAAUCGAUUCAUAU